AUGGAGCACGUAGAGGACUUUAGCUCCGAGGGCUCACAGGAUGAGCAAUACUACUCCAGCUACGAGGAUCUUGCGGUCCACAGAGUAAUGCUCGCAGACCGUCCCCGCAUGGAGUUUUAUCGCGACAUUCUCACGGACCCCACCGUCGUUGGCGGCAAAGUGAUUGUGGACAUCGGGUCAGGCAGCGGCAUCUUGUCUGCCUGGGCGGCCAUGGGAGGUGCCUCGCACGUGAUCUCCGUCGAGGCAUCGACGAUGGCGGAUUGCCAGCCGCUCAUCUUCAAAGAGAACGGUAUCGCGCACAAAGUGACGGUGCUUCACACGACGGUUGAAGCGAUGGUGGAGGCCGGCGCGGCCGCGUUUGUGGCUGCGCAUAAGUCUGCUUUUACCGAGCGCGGUUUCUGUGAGUUUUUCACGGAGGUGAACGCGUUCUUGGGUGUUUCAACGUCGAUUGAGCUUGUUCCUUCCUCGGCGCGCCUCGUUGCGGCGCCUAUCACACUCGGCCCACUCUACAAACGGUGCUUUCAGUCUUUCUGGGGCAACAUUGAUGGAGUGAAGAUGGAAACUCUGGGCCGCCUCGCGUUUGACUUCACAGUGAACGGAGCCUCCCCUCUCAUUGAAGUCAUCCCUGCGGAAUGCCUGCUGGUGCAGAAGGACUCCGCUGCCGUGCUGUGGGAGCGCGAGCUCGGGUCGCUGCGGUGCGAAGAACUGGCAGAGUUGGAGGGGAUGGCCCAUUACAGGCUCUGUGCACCCGAAGGAGAGGCAGCAGACCCCCACAGCGACAAAGGAAAACGCAUCGCAGUAGACGGCUUCACACUUUGGUUUGAGGUGGGGCACGGCUCUGCUGUUCUUAGCACUGCGCCGACAGCCGCUUCCACGCACUGGAAGCAAACGACGAUCCUCCUCCCACAGCAACUGCGCGAGGAAGGAGUGCUGUCCCUUGAGGCCGUCGGGGACGAGACCCUGGACGUCCGGUUUUCCCUGCGCACCGCUAAACCGGGGAGCCGCCUCUACACCAUUGAGUUUGAGCUCUGCUAG